CUUCAAUUCGCGGUCUCAAUUCUUCCACGUGUCACAAUGUGAUUGAACAAGAUACCGUUGCGUGACGAAACGAAUGCUUCAUUUUGUUAUAAAAAGCCAAGCCCACACCACGCUUGAAUUAUCCUAUUCCCAUCCCAACACAACUCUCGUUCGAAUUGUAGCAGAAGAAGAAAACCCUAGCUCACCGUUUCAAGAUGCAAAUCUUCGUUAAGACUCUCACCGGUAAGACCAUCACUCUCGAAGUAGAGAGCUCAGAUACCAUUGAUAACGUAAAAGCUAAGAUUCAAGACAAGGAAGGAAUCCCACCGGACCAGCAACGUCUCAUUUUUGCUGGCAAACAGCUUGAGGAUGGUCGAACCCUUGCUGAUUACAACAUUCAAAAGGAGUCCACUCUCCACCUUGUGCUCCGUCUCCGUGGUGGAAUGCAAAUCUUUGUGAAGACAUUGACGGGAAAGACAAUCACUCUUGAAGUGGAAAGCUCUGACACCAUUGACAAUGUCAAGGCUAAGAUUCAGGACAAAGAGGGUAUCCCACCAGACCAGCAAAGGCUCAUUUUUGCUGGAAAACAGCUUGAGGAUGGCCGAACCCUUGCCGAUUACAACAUUCAGAAAGAGUCUACCCUGCAUUUGGUGCUUCGUCUCCGUGGUGGUAUGCAAAUUUUUGUGAAGACCCUCACUGGAAAGACAAUCACACUUGAGGUAGAAAGCUCAGACACCAUUGACAACGUUAAGGCCAAGAUUCAAGACAAAGAGGGUAUUCCACCAGACCAACAGAGGCUCAUCUUUGCUGGAAAGCAACUUGAAGAUGGCCGAACCUUGGCCGAUUACAACAUCCAAAAGGAGUCUACCCUACACUUGGUGCUGCGUCUGCGUGGUGGUAUGCAAAUCUUUGUCAAGACCCUCACCGGAAAGACCAUCACCCUCGAGGUGGAAAGCUCUGACACCAUAGACAAUGUCAAGGCUAAGAUUCAAGACAAGGAGGGAAUUCCACCAGACCAACAGAGGCUCAUCUUUGCUGGAAAGCAACUUGAAGACGGUCGAACCUUGGCUGAUUACAACAUCCAAAAGGAGUCUACCCUACACUUGGUGCUGCGUCUUCGUGGUGGUAUGCAAAUCUUUGUCAAGACCCUCACUGGAAAGACCAUCACCCUUGAGGUGGAAAGCUCUGACACCAUAGACAAUGUGAAGGCCAAGAUUCAAGACAAGGAGGGUAUCCCACCAGACCAGCAGAGGCUCAUAUUUGCCGGAAAGCAACUAGAAGAUGGCCGAACCUUGGCAGAUUAUAACAUUCAGAAAGAGUCAACUCUCCAUCUUGUCUUGCGACUCCGUGGUGGAAUGCAGAUUUUUGUCAAGACUCUUACUGGAAAAACUAUUACUUUGGAGGUCGAGAGUUCAGACACGAUUGACAAUGUGAAGGCAAAGAUACAGGACAAGGAGGGCAUUCCUCCAGAUCAGCAAAGGUUGAUUUUUGCUGGAAAGCAGCUUGAGGAUGGACGUACUCUGGCUGAUUACAACAUUCAGAAGGAGUCCACUCUUCAUCUUGUCCUUCGCCUGAGGGGAGGAAUGCAGAUCUUUGUGAAGACUUUAACAGGAAAGACUAUAACUUUGGAGGUUGAAAGCUCAGAUACAAUUGAUAACGUCAAGGCAAAAAUCCAGGACAAGGAAGGAAUCCCACCAGAUCAGCAGAGGUUGAUCUUUGCUGGGAAGCAAUUGGAGGAUGGUAGGACUCUUGCUGAUUACAACAUUCAGAAAGAGUCCACCCUUCACCUCGUAUUGCGUCUUCGUGGUGGCUUUUAAAUUUGAUUAUGUUAUCAAGGUCCCUUGUUGAUUUGGUGAAUUAUGUGGACGUGUAGCCGCUCUUUUUUUUUUUUUUUUUUAUGUUCCUGAACUAUCCCCUUUUUUCUUUUUUCUUUUUUUAUUUCCUGAACUAUCCGAAAUUGUGCCGACUCGGGUCAUAGCUGCCUUGAAUUUGGACAAUUUGCUAUCCUGUUUGAUGAAUGUAGUACUUUCAUUAUCUUGUGCUAAAUGAUUGUGUUUUAGCUCUGCA